AAUGUUUACGUCCUAACCUUAUUUUUUUACUUAAAAUUAAUGAAAGGAGAAACGAGGCUACCAAUUAAACAGAAUAUAAACAUGGAUUCUGAAGAAAGUACUAUAAAAGUGGGUGACCACAUUAUUGUUCAAAGACAAGGAUACACAAAACUACAUAAAUUGAAAGCUCGUGGUAGAUUAAUAUUAGGUUCUUUCAAUAUAGAAAUGGACAAUAUUAUAGGAGAGAAAUAUUUUGAUACCUUUCAAAUGAAAAAUAUGCCAGGAAACAAAAAACUCUACAUAUUAGAAAAAGUAGAACAAAUAAAUUCUGCAGUAAACAGCCUUAACAUUGAAACAUCUGGGGCAGACAACAGGAAUAUUCCCAACAAUGCUGAUUCACAGAGUCUCACAAAAGAUGAUAUUGACAGACUUGUAGAUACUGAACUCAGUUCCAACAAUAUAGUGGGCCAACUUAUAAACAAUUCCAAAACAUUUUCUAUGAAGACAGGGUACUCACAGGAGAAGUAUAUAAAGAAAAAAGAAAAGAAGUAUUUUGAAUAUGUUCAGAUUAAGAAACCUAGUAUUCGGAUACUUGUUCAAAUGUUUUAUAGACAAGAUACAACAAAAACUUUGGGAAUAAGAAUAGAUGAUUUGUCACAGAUAUUAACAUAUGCGAAUAUUCAUCCUGAAGGCAAUCAUGUUUUGUAUGACAGUGGGACAUCAGGUUUGAUGAGUGCUGCAAUAACUAAUGCUAUUGGUCCUAAUACUAAAGGUCAACUUAUCCACAUGCAUCCUGGAAAUGAAUGUCAAAAAAGUGCUUUCAUAGCUAUGCAAUUUCCAAAAGAACAAGUAGAUAGAUGUACAAAUGUGAACUUAUAUUCUGUUUUGAGAUGCUUCUACCAACAAAAGGAAAGUUUCUCAGAAAAAGCUUCUAUUGAUUGCCAUCAAUCAGAAAACUCUGAAGGUGAACCACAAACAAAGAAACUGAAGCUAGACAAUAGUACAGAAGAUAAAAAAGACCUUAGUGAAGAAGGUAAUACGCAAGAAUCCAAGAAAAGUUCAAAUGAUCCUACUCAUAAAAGGAUUUGGCAGAUAGAAAAUGAAAAGGCAUGUAGAAUUCUUGAACAAAAAGUAGAUUCCCUUGUGAUUACAGUAAAGGAACAUCCUGUAAAUAUUGUGAAGGAAUUAUUACAAUUUCUACAUGGCAAUAGACAUUUUGUAGUAUUUAGCAGUUUAAAAGAGUUACAGCAUGAUUUAUAUUUUUAUUUAAAAAGUCGUGCAGAUAUAAUUAAUAUAAGGGUCUGUAACAGUUUUAUGAGAAACUAUCAAGUACUGCCAAACAGGACACAUCCUGAGGUUAAUAUGACCACUGGUGGUUACAUUUUAACAGGAUACAAGUUAAGUGAAUAGUUUUGUAAAUAAAUAGGUAUAAUAAUUAUUAUUUUUAAUAAAAGUAUUAAAUGUG